AUGGACAUUUUGGGGAAGGAUCUUUCAUUGUGUGUUGACAAAUUCGAACGAGCCUAUUACACAAGAGCAAAGAAGGUCAUCCUCAAGAAGUUGGAAGAGGCCGAGAAUCAGCCACCCCCACCUCCACCAACCAACGAUCAAGCCCCAUCAUCGUCAACCAAUCUUGAGAGUCAAGACAACAGGACCGAGGCUCUUGCUUCUUCUCAUUGCGAUCCCCUCAAUCUUACAUCGGAACCCAACGAAUCGCAGGUUGAUGACGAAGAAGAGGGAGCCGAGGACCACGAUGGUCCAGUUGGUGAUGCCUGCGACAAUCUCAACAUUGACCCAGCCUUCUUAUGA